AUGGCAGUGAUCGAUGACGGCUUCGAGGCCCUGCUAGAGCCAUUUUACAAUGGCAAGAAGCUAACCGACCCCAUUUCAACCAAGGAGGACAAAUUUCAGCUUUUACCCGCCUUCCUCAAGGUCAAAGUGCGUCUUACCGCCGACAUGCACAUCGAUUCCUAUAACUUCUUUGUCGAGCAGGAAAUCAAGGACAUUGUGCGCGCAAAUCGUACUAUACGCAGCGAUGUUGACAGCAAUUUCUGGCUAGAGUGCCGCCUACGCAGGUUUACCGACAUUCGCGUCGACCGUCCCCAGCGACAAGACUACAAAGAGGCCAAAUCCUCAACUGACGUGACGCCUAUGGAAUGCCGACUUCGAGAUAUGACUUAUGCCGCCCCCAUCCUUGUCGAUAUCGUAUACAUUCGUGACAAACAAAAGAUUAUCAGACGAAAUGUGUCGCUUGGUCGAAUGCCAGUCAUGCUUCGCAGCUCCAAGUGCAGAUUGUCAGGCGCCAACAAUUCCGAAAUGGAAAAGAUGAAUGAGUGCCCGCUUGAUCCUGGCGGCUACUUCAUUAUCAACGGUACCGAGAAGGUCAUUCUUAUCCAAGAACAGCUCAGCAAGAACCGAGUCAUUGUUGAGUCCGACGAAAAGAACCGCAUCAUCUCCGCUUCCGUCACCAGUUCUACGCACGAGAGAAAAUCCAAGACAAAUGUUACUCUUAAGAAAGACAGAAUUGUCUUAGUGCACAACGUCUUAGUCGAGGGCAUCCCAAUUGUUAUUGUGCUCAAGGCUUUGGGUGGACUCACCGACUACGAAAUUAUGCAGCUCGUGGCUGGAGCUGAUGGUCGCUACCAAGACGAGUUUCUCAUCAACUUUGAUGAAGCGACAAAGGCCGGUGUCUUUACUCAACACCAAGCCCUCGAGUACAUCGGUUCCAGAGUCAAAAUGGGUUCGCGCAGAGGGCAAUUUGGUCCUCAGGUUCGCCGAAACAAUGUCGAAGAGGGCCUUGAUGCCUUAGCGAAUCUAAUUAUUGCACAUGUUCCCAUCGAAGGUCUUGAUUUCUAUCCCAAGGCUAUUUAUGUUGCCAUGAUGACGCGCAAAGUUCUUAUGGCUGCCCAAGAUAGCAAGCUCGUCGAUGACAGAGAUUUUGUCGGAAACAAGAGACUUGAACUUGCUGGUCAACUUCUUUCUCUGCUCUUCGAAGAUUUGUUCAAGAGGUUUACGGUUGAGGUCAAAAUGUCCAUCGAUAAGUUCCUCAAGAAAAACAACAGAGCUGUCCCGCUAGACGCCGUCAACAUGAUAAGCAAUCAUGCAAACAACAUUGGCAUGGGGAUCAACAGGGCUAUCCAGACGGGAAAUUGGAGCGUCAAGCGUUUCAACAUGAACCGAGCCGGUGUUACCCACGUCCUUAGUCGCCUCAGUUACAUUGCUGCUCUGGGUAUGAUGACCCGAAUCAGCAGUCAAUUCGAAAAGACAAGAAAGGUAUCCGGUCCACGUGCCCUGCAGCCUUCACAGUGGGGUAUGCUGUGCCCAUCAGAUACUCCCGAAGGUGAAGCCUGCGGUCUCGUCAAGAAUUUGGCUCUGAUGACCCAUAUUACCACAAACGUGGAUGAGGACCCCGUCAAGAGAUGGGUAUUCACGCUUGACGUUGGCGUCGAGCCUAUCCGCAACUUCUCCGGUGCAGAGAUGCACCGGGAAGGGUCAUACAUUAUACAUAUCAACGGAACCCCGUUUGCUCUGACCAGAUACCCAAAGAGGUUCUGUUCCAAGUUCCGAACGAUGCGUCGACGUGGUUGGAUCUCCCCCUUCGUCAGCAUCAGCAUCAAUCUGCAUUUCAACGCCGUCCAUAUCGCUGCCGACGAAGGACGAAUUUGCAGGCCAUACAUCAUUGUCAAGAAUGGUGUUCAAAAACUGAAACCAGAACAUCUCCGCCUCUUACAGCUUGGCAGCGUCACUUUCGACGAUUUCUUGCGAAAUGGGGUUGUCGAAUAUCUUGAUGUCAACGAGGAACAGGAUGCCUUGGUCACGAUUUACGAGGAUAAGAUUACUAUGAGUACUACGCAUCUGGAAAUCGAACCAUUCACAAUUCUCGGCGCUGUAGCCGGUCUUAUUCCAUUCCCCCACCACAACCAGUCGCCACGUAACACUUAUCAGUGUGCAAUGGGUAAACAAGCUAUUGGCGCCAUUGCAUAUAACCAGUUCAACCGUAUCGACACCCUUUUAUACACGCUAGUGUACCCUCAAAGACCCAUGGUCAUCAGCAAGACUAUCCAACUGGUCAACUACGACAAAUUGCCAGCUGGUCAGAACGCAACCGUCGUUGUCAUGUCGUACUCUGGCUACGAUAUUGAAGAUGCUCUUGUCCUGAACAAGGCCUCUAUCGAUCGAGGAUUUGGCCGCUGCCAAGUCUUUCGCAAGUACACUACCGAGUUGCAAAAAUACCCCAACGGCCGCAGAGAGCGCAUUGGUGACCCGGUCAACGAAGGCGACGGUGACCAGCGAAGGCGCUCAGAGAAACACAAGGCUCUGGAUGACGACGGCUUGGCCAUGGUUGGUUGCAGAGUCUUUUCCGGCCAGUCCAUGAUCAAGAAGGAGACGCCGCUUGAUAUGACGACGACGGGCAUUGGCCUAGAUCGCGGAUCUAGCGACUUCCGCGAUUCUGCUGUCAACUACCGAAUUCCCGACCCCGCCUACAUUGACAAGGUCAUGAUUUCACACACCGAGAAAGACACCACGGUCGUAAAGGUCCAAACGAGACAGACCCGGCGACCCGAACUCGGCGACAAGUUCUCAUCUCGCCACGGUCAAAAGGGCGUUGUAGGCAUCAUCGUCGACCAUGAGGACAUGCCCUUUGCUGACAAUGGACUCACGCCUGAUAUUAUCAUGAACCCACACGGCUUCCCUUCUCGAAUGACUGUCGGUAAGCUCCUGGAGUGUUUGACGGGGAAAGCCUCUAUUAUCCACGGGCGUCCAGACUACGGCUUCGGCGACGCCUUUCGUUCGCAUCCGGUCGAGGAGAUGAGUCAAGUCCUCCUCGAUCACGGCUUCUCGUGGGAGGGCAAGGACUACUUCACCUCGGGUCUGACCGGCGAGCCGCUCGAGGCGUACAUCUUCAACGGCCCCAUCUACUACCAGCGUCUCAAGCACAUGGUGCAGGACAAGAUGCACUCGCGCGCGCGAGGCCCCCGUGCCAUCCUCACCCGCCAGCCCACCGAGGGUCGUUCGCGCGACGGUGGUCUGCGUCUCGGUGAAAUGGAGCGCGAUUGUCUGAUUGCCUAUGGCGCCUCGCAGCUUCUGCUCGAGCGACUGAUGAUCAGCUCCGACGGCGUCGUCAUUGACAUUUGUCAGCAGUGUGGCCUCUUUGGCUACAAGGGCUACUGCCAGACGUGUAAGAGCACACGCGAGGUUACCAAGAUGACGAUGCCCUACGCAGCCAAGCUGCUGGUGCAGGAGCUGAUUAGCAUGAACGUUGGCGUACGGCUGCAGCUAGCUGAUGAAUUCCCGCACCCUAAGUAA